AUGUCUCUAGAGUUUCUUCAGAAGUCCGACUUCCACAUCCAUGCCCCUCCAUCAGUAAAACGCGGUCAUGAUGAGGGAGACGGCUCAGAAGGUGGGGACGCUGCAAUAGAUGACACUCAUGAAGAAGUAUUUGUAGAACCCCAACAACAAUGCACCUCUUGCCCUCAACAAAAAGUUCCAUCCCUAACCCCAGGUCCCGGGGUAGGUCCCCGUCGCGGUGGGAACAUUUUCUCUCGAACACUAGCAGCCGCUUUGGAUUCUCGAGGGGGUAAAUCCCACUCUUGGCGCUCUGUAGGUCUACCCUCUUUUUGUCGGAGUGAUCAGUCCUCUUCCAUGCGUCUGCGGCUUCUCUCCUCCCUCAGACAUCACCACAACCAACAGCCAACUCAAAAUGUUUUCCAGCAACAGCAACAACAGACGAAUUUAGCUCCAUUCUUUACUUCAUAUCCUUCUUCCUCUCGAAAUGAGCUCACAGUAAAAUCUUUCCCUCAGGUAACAACGACGUGCUCAUCGAUGACGAAGGUUCCUUCCCCAAGAAGAGGGAUUUGUAGCUCAGAAGGGGAUGCCCAUUACUUGACACAACCUUCCGGGCCUACAGGUCCGACUUCUGUAUCAUCGGUCUCAGUAACACAGAACGGAGGGCUCGUGACAACUGUAUCACCAAGUGGUGGUAGUUCGCCAUCGGCCUUUACGUACCAUUAUUAUCAUCAUCAUCAUCAUGAUUCUCUUGUAUAG